GGGCGGGCCGUCGCCAUGGCAAUGCACGAGUCGCCCAGGCCUUUUCGGCGGGCAGGAAGCGCCGGAGCUGCUACGCUGGCUGCUGGCGGGGCUGGCGGCGCCGAGCGGCCGGGGAGGCCCGCGCCUCUGCAGGAUGAAACCCUGGGCGUGGCGUCCGUGCCCUCGCAGUGGAGGGGCGUCCAGGGAAUUCGCGGGGAGACGAAAAGUUGCCAGACAGCCAGCAUUGCUACAGCAGAGGCAUCUGCCCAAGCCAGGACACAUGUGGAUGCCCAGGUGCAGACAGAGGCUCCUGAGCCAGUGGCCCUGGUACCUGUUUCCCAGCCUGACACGCUCAGGCUUGCAGCCUUUCUCCGGAGGGUGGAGGCCAUGGUCAUCCGGGAGCUGAACAACAACUGGCAGAGCCAUGCCUUUGAUGGCUACGAGGUGAACUGGACAGAGCCGCAGCAGACGGUGUCCUGUCUGCAUACCCUGGUCUACCCCCCAGCCCAAGGGCAGGGUCUGCAUGUGACUGGCAUUUCCUGGAACGCCACGGGCUCUGUGCUGGCCUGUGCCUAUGGUCGGCUAGAUGAUGGGGACUGGAGCACGCUUAAGUCCUAUGUGUGUACUUGGAACCUGGACCGCCGAGGCCUGAACCCCCAGCAGCCAUCAGUAGUGGUGGAGGUGCCCAGUGCUGUCAUGUGUCUGGCCUUUCAUCCCACACAGCCCUCACACAUUGCAGGGGGGCUGUAUAGUGGUGAAGUGCUGGUGUGGGACAUGAGCCGACCCGAGGACGCACUGCUUUGGCGCACAGGUCUGACUGAUGACACCCACACAGACCCUGUGUAUCAGGUGCUGUGGUUGCCUGAACCCCGGCAUAGCCACCGCUUUCAGGUGCUGAGUGCGGCCACUGAUGGGAGGGUGCUGCUCUGGAGGGGCAGUAGCGCUGGGCAGCUGCGGCUCUGCAAGGGCUUUGCUCUAGCUGUGCACCAGCUGCCUCGGAGCACCAAACUGAAGAAGCCACCCCGUGGAGAGACUGAGGUGGGGGUGACAUCAGUGGCCUUCUCCAGCUUUGACUCCAGCAUUUUUGUUCUGGGCACAGAAGGUGGCUUUCCCCUCAAGUGUUCCCUGGCAGCGGAGGAAGCUGCUCUCACUCGGAUGCCCAGCUCUGUGCCCCUUAGGGCCCCAGUGCAGUUUACCUUCUCUCCCCAUGGUGGCCCUGUGUACUCUGUGAGCUGUUCCCCCUUCCACAGGAAUCUCUUCCUGAGUGCUGGGACCGAUGGCCAUGUCCACCUAUACUCCAUGCUGCAGGCCCAGCCUCUGACCUCACUGCAGCUGUCUCACAAGUACCUGUUUGCUGUGCGCUGGUCCCCUGUGCGCCCCUUGGUUUUUGCUGCUGCUUCUGGGGAAGGUGAUGUACAACUGUUUGACCUCCAGAAAAGCUCACAGAAACCCACUGUUUCCAUAACACAAACCCAAGAUGGAAGUCCUGUCUAUUGUCUGGAGUUUAACAGCCAGCAAACUCAGCUCUUAGCUGCUGGUGACGCCAAGGGCAUGGUGAAGGUGUGGCAGCUGAGUACAGCUUUCACAGAACAAGGGUCCAGGGAGGCAGAGGACUUGGACCAACUGGAAGCGGAAAUAGCUACCUGAGGGCCACAAGGAGCAGCAGGGGCAGGGUGUCUCUCCAGGAAGGCUGUGUGCUAAGCUGGAUAAAGAGGAGCAAAAGCUUUUAA